AUGUAUAAAUGCAUGGAUGUUAAUCGUUUUCAUUUCAUUGAAGGUGAUACUGAUUCAUCUUAUUGGGCAAUCGCUGGCGACCCAAAUCUUCCUAACACUCAAGCAUUUCAAGCAAUUGUUACCGAUAAACAAUUUUAUGAUAAAAACAUUUUCAAAUUCGCACCAUUUGAUUUCUUCUGUUUUGAUGAGAAAUUUAAACCUAAAUUAAAGAAUAAAGCUGAAGAAAAAGCACAUGAGAAGAAGUUAUUGGGUUUAGCAAUUGAGAAACAAGGUGAUAACAUGGUUGCUUUAUGCCCUAAGUGUUAUACAUCAUUCAACGGUUCAAUUGAUGGAAGUGAUUUUAAAAAGAUUGCACAAAAAAUGAAAGGUGUUAGUUUACGACAAAAUAAACAAUUAACACCUAAAAUUAUUUGGAUAUAA